AUGGCUACUCUCUCCGCUCCUACGGCCACUGACCUCCAGUCCUCGCAUAGAAAGCGCGGUCACUCCGCCAUGGACUUUAAGAGUGCGACUACCGGAGUCGCAGCCAAGGCAAUGCGCAAUGAACUCAACAAGAUGGUAGAAGAUGUUAGAGAUCCAUCGACCAAAAAGAUCUUCAAUGCGCAGAUGCAGUCCUUCUUUGGUCUCUUCAGUCGCUAUCUCGCAGAACGAGCAAAGUCUGAGAAACUCGUUUGGGAAAAUGUUCACUCGCCGACCGACGAGAUGGUCGUUCCAUACUCUUCUAUCCCUCAAGACGUCGAUCCUUCGAUCCUCUCCAAGAUUGCUGUCCUCAAGCUCAACGGUGGUCUCGGUACGACAAUGGGUAUGGGUGGUCUCCCAAAAUCGGCACUCGAAGUUCGUGACGGUAUGACAUUCUUGGACCUUUCCGUGCGCCAAAUCGAGCACUUGAACGAAAAGUACAAGGUCAACGUCCCGUUCAUCUUGAUGAACUCGUUCAACACCGACGAGGACACUCAGCGUAUCAUCCAGAAAUACGCCAAUCACAAUAUCCAGAUUAUCACUUUCAACCAGUCCCGCCACCCUCGCUUCAACAAGGAUUCGCUCCUCCCAAUCCCACGUGCUGCUACUUCGGACAAGUCGCAGUGGUACCCACCCGGUCAUGGUGACAUUUUCGACGCCCUCAACGAUUCUGGCCUCUUGGACAAACUCAUCGCCUCUGGAAAAGAGUACAUCUUCGUCUCCAACGUGGACAACCUCGGUGCCGACGUCGACCUCAGUAUUCUCGGUCACCUCGUCGACUCGGGAGCCGAAUUCUUGAUGGAGUUAACCGACAAGACCAAGGCAGACGUAAAGGGUGGUACCAUUAUCGACUAUAAUGGCACCGUCCGCCUGCUCGAAAUUGCCCAAGUCCCCAAGGAGCACGUCGAGGAUUUCAAGUCGAUUCGCAAGUUUAAAUACUUCAACACCAACUCGGUGUACAUUUCGCUCCCGGCUAUCAAGCGCAUCAUCGAGGAUGAGGGUGGAUUUGAGCUCGAUAUCAUUGUCAACAACAAGAGUAUGGAUGAUGGUACACCCGUCAUCCAGCUCGAGACGGCCAUUGGUGCUGCCAUCAAGCACUUUAAGCACGCCCAUGGUAUCAACGUUCCUCGAAGUCGUUUCUUGCCAGUCAAGUCGACAUCGGAUCUCCUCCUCAUCACCUCGGACCUGUACUCGCUAGAGCACGGCAAGCUGAUCAUGAACCCGAACCGCAUGUUCAACCAGACGCCCGUCGUCAAGCUCGGCGAUACAUUCAAGAAGAUUUCCAACUUCCAAAAGCGAUUCGGGUCGAUCCCGAAUAUCCUCGAGCUUGACCACUUGACGGUCAGCGGCGACGUCUGGUUUGGCAAGGGCAUUACACUCCGUGGUACGGUCAUUAUUGUUGCCAACGAGGGUAACAAGAUUGAUCUACCGGAUGGAUCCAUCUUGGAGAAUAAGCUCGUCAGCGGUAAUGUGUCGAUCAUCGACCAUUAG